CUCAGUUGACUCUGGUUCAUGAGGCAAUCCAGGAACAAAGAACUUACUUCACCUACCUACUGCAUAGAAAUGUAGGUGGGCAUCUGCAUCAAAUCAAAAGCAACGCGAAACUAUUCUCAAUAGCUAGAAUUGACAUGAGAUACCCUUUCCAUACACUGCUAAAACUUGCGCCACAUACCAUAAACCCAAGCGUGAGAGGCGCAAUGGGUGACAAACAGAAAGUCGCCUUUAGUGCACUGAAACGCAAGGCAGAUGGCGAUCUCGAUGGACUCAAGACAACAACACGCGCCCGGAUAUCGAUCCGUAUGAAAUAUGCCAAUGGAGCAAUUCGAAUUACUCGUACACCCGGCAGGAAGCACGCCAAGAACUGUAUCAUCCUGCAAGAUAUAAUACAUAAGGACUACCUGGAAUCUGCCUGCAUCUAUUCGUUCUUCAUCGCCGAAGAUGAGAUCUACGAAUAUCUCCCCUUCUCUCAUUCGGCCGGAGGCAUCCCUAUUUACAUUGGUAGAGACCCGAAUCUUGACGUGCCCACUGGUCAGGAGGCGAGUAUGCUAGCUGGCGUGAACUUCCAAGAAAAGGUAUCUCGCAAGCAGCUCGACAGUAUCCGCCCUGCUCUUCAACAACUGCAUAGCCGGAGAUAUGGACAAAAUAUACAUACUUUCUAUGCGUGGGGGGCUGGAUCUUGUCACUCCAAGGUUCUCUUAUUAGUAUACCCGACUUUUCUCAGGAUCGUCAUUACGUCUUGUAACAUGAUGACUAUUGAUACAGAGCUGGGAGAUAAUCAUUGGUACGUUCACGAUGUGCCAAAACGACACUCUCCUUCAACCCCCACUGGCUUCGAAGCCGAUCUGCUGUCACAUAUGGAAGCCCUUGGCACUCCAGAAGACUUUCUCGAAUCUAUCCGAGGAGGAUAUGACUAUUCAACGGUGAAGGUGCAUCUCAUCACCUCCGCACCUGGCACGUGUUCGGGUGCAAAGGCUGAAAAACACGGCCUACUUCGCUUGAGGCAAGUGAUUAAACAACUAGACUUGAAACUGGCCGAGAAAAACCGUGAAGGGAAGCUCCAGUUAGAAAUAUGUACCGCCAGUGUUGGAAACCUUAACGCAAGGUGGCUCAAUGGGUUCUAUGACUGUGCUCUAGGUAAGGAUACGCUGCAAACGCAUGACGGAACUAGCGCUGUUCCGAAGCUUAAGUUGUUCUACCCGACCUUCCAAGACGUCAAAAACGCCGAUCAAGUCGCGCAAGAUGCCGCGAGCAACAUCGGUUGCCACACACGUCCUUGGGAGAGUGUACCGCGGGAGGUGAAAAGCAUAUUUCAUCAUUAUGAGUCGAAGGAUUGUGGGAAGCUCUUUCAUCAGAAGUUGGUCAUAGCUUACAACCCCCGGGACAGCACGCAGCUACCUUACUACGUGUAUAUCGGAUCGGCCAAUUUCUCGCAGUCUGCAUGGGGCGCGCUGGAGCAUGACAAAAGGGGUAAUCCGUUGACUUCAGACAAAAAGCUCAUCAAGCUGUCUAAUUUUGAAUGCGGUGUGUUAAUCCCGGGUCAUCUUAUCAGCGAACUCCUUGAAGAUGGGACAGAGAGUUGGCAAGAUGGUAUUAUACCGCAUAACCAGAGUGCAGCAACCUAUGAUCUACCGAAAGACAGAGCCUGGAAUGACUAUAGGUGGACAAAGGACUACCGCGAAGCUGAAUGACAAGGUAGCACCUAUAAUUUAUGAAGACGAAGACAGGGUGACGUAUACUCAGACUCUUAAGCAGUCAUGGUUGAGAUCAUUGGCCUGUAAUUGCGCAUAUGGCAUACUGAUGGGCUGGGCUAUGGUCUCGAUCAUCGAGCAAGGCAUAUUACUUGAGAUUCAUUGAGACCAUAGCAUGUGACUUUGAUUGAGCUAUGCCAUUUAGACCAUAAUGUCCGUAGCAAGAACAUUUGCUAGGCCCAUGAUUUCAUUAAUACCCUUCGGCCUCCGCCGACUAGUCGGAGGGCCCCCGUGACACCACAG